AUGUCAACUGACUCCACACAAACUAUUCUAACAUACCCAAGUGUAGAUGGUAAAUUGGUUCAAGUUAGCUCUAGAUUUGACAAGAAAGCUUGUAGAAGUGCUUUGUCAGUUUUUGUAGUUCUAGAUGAGCAGCCAUUUAGUGCAGUAGAGGGUGAAGGGGUAGCACUUACUACUUAUUGUUGGACUUCUAUACAAAAUCUCAACUACUUGACCCUUACGGCACACUUUGUGGAUAAAGAAUGGAAGUAUCAAAAAAGAAUUAUAAGCUUUACCGUAAUUCCAAACCACCAAGGUGAAACUGUAGGUAGGAAGAUUGAAGAAGUGUUAAAGGAUUGGGGAAUUAGGAAUGUGUCAACCAUAACUGUUGAUAAUGCCACUUCAAAUGAUGUUGUUGUGACAUAUCUUAAGAGAAAAAUAGCAAAUAAGAAUGGGUUAAUGGGGGAUGGAGAGUGUUUUCAUAUGAGGUGUUCAACUCACAUUUUAAACUUGGUGGUAAAUGAGGGUUUGAAAGAUAAACAUUUAUCUGUAACUAGUGUUAGAGAUGCUGUUAGAUUUGUUAAGUCCUCACCUCAUAGGGCAACCAAGUUUAAAGAAUGCGUUGAAUUUGCUAGAAUAACUUGCAAAAAAUUAGUAUGUCUUGAUGUUUCAACUCGUUGGAACGCGACAUAUUUAAUGCUAGAGGUUGCGGAGAAGUUUCAACUCGCUUUUGAAAAGCUUGAGGAUGAAGAGUCGAGCUAUAGGGAGUUAUUUGGAAAAGGUAAUCCCCCUAGUAAAGAUGAUUGGGACAUUGCUAGGGCUUAUAGCGCUUUCCUAAAGUUAUUCUAUGAAGCAACUAAGACUUUUUUCACCUCUCAUAAUGGAAGUCCUGAUAAGAUGAACAAGAUGAUAUAUUUUGGUAUUAUUCUUGAUCCAAGAUACAAGUUGAGUUACAUUGAGUGGGCACUUAAGGACAUGUAUGGAGUUGGAUCAAAGUUUGGUAGUGACUUGCCUCUUGGUAGUGGUGGAAAUAAUGUCUCCAAUGAUGAAACAAAUGCAUUUGCUGCCCGUUCAUCACUUAUGGCUAGAGCUGAUGCUUUUGAGCAACAUUUAAAGGAGCAAGACUCGAUUGAUCAACAAAAUGAGCUUGAGGUGUAUAAUUCUAGUAAGUGUGUCAAAAGGGAUCCUAACUUUGACAUUCUUGUGUGGUGGAAACGUAAUUCAAUUGAAUAUCCUAUUUUAUCUACAAUGGCUAAAGAUAUUUUAGCCACACCAGUAUCUACUGUUGCUUCUGAAAGUGCUUUUAGCACAGGAGGAAGAGUCAUAGAAACCUAUAGGAGUUCUCUAACUACUGAAAUGGCCGAGGCUUUAAUUUGCACCCAGAAUUGGUUAAGGCCUUCUUUUACCUAUUUCAAAGAUAUGAAUCUCAUGGAAGAUUUUGAGCUUUCAAAAGAUAUUGUAACAGAGUUUCAACAAAUGUCUUUAGCAGCAAAACGAGUAUCAGGUGUCUCAUCAUCACAGUCUCAGCCACAACCUUCGGGUUGUGCUUGA